ACUCCGUCAGUGGACGCAGGCAAGUUGGGGAGCGGAGGAGGAAUAUUUCUGGAAAAGUUCAUAUGAGGAACAUUAUGACAUCAACUUUUUAAGCUUUAUGACAACUUUUUAAAGACUUUAAAAACUUUUUAGACGGCCAAAACAACUUUUACCACAUAAAAAAAAAAAAACAGGCCUAACCAUAGAGGUUCAGGAUUUUCAUCGCUUAUUUUUAAUCGAAUCUUUUUUUUAGUAGGAUUUGUUUUAUUUGUUUGUAUAUCUAACAAUAUGAGCGGUAACCCUCUCCAGCCGUUGCCGGGCCAGCAGGUGAUCCAUGUCGCCAAAGACCUUGAUACGGAUCUGGAGGCGCUUUUUAACUCGGUCAUGAACCCAAAGCCCAGCUCCUGGAGGAACAAACAUCUGCCCGAGUCGUUCUUUAAGGAGCCGGACUCGGGCUCUCACUCCCGACAGUCCAGCACGGACUCGGGCAGCCACCCACCAAGGCUCCAGGCGCAGCACGUCCGCUCGCAUUCGUCUCCGGCGUCCUUGCAGUUGUCGUCGGGCGCGCUGAGCGCUGCGACCCCCGGCCGUCAUCACACUCAUAUCCGACACCAGUCGUUCGAUGUGGCCGAUGACCUGCCGCUGCCGCCGGGCUGGGAGAUGGCCUGCACUCCCAACGGACAGAAGUACUUUCUCAACCACCUUGAGAAGAUCACCACAUGGCAUGACCCCAGGAAGAGCAUGACCCCAGCUGUUACCCAAAUGAGUCUGCACAAUCAAGUGUCUAACAGUGCCAACAUACAGCAGCGCUCCAUGGCCCUGUCUCAACCCAAUCUCGGACAGUUGCCCGAGGGUUGGGAGCAGGCCAUCACCCCUCAGGGAGAAACAUACUUCAUUGACCACAAAACCCAAAGAACCUCAUGGCUGGACCCACGCAUCGUGUUAAAUCAGCAGGCACAUCCUCAGCACCUGCAGCAACAGCAGCAUCAACAGCAGCAGGUGCAGGUGCAGGCGCAGACGCUUGGCUCCCAGCAGCAGCAGAACUCUCAGGCCAGCAUGAUGAACAUGACCGCACAGCAACACCAGCAGAAGAUGCGACUGCAGCGCAUACAGAUGGAGCGAGAGCGCAUUCAGAGGAGACAGGAGGAGCUCAUAAGACAGGAGGUGGCGCUCCGGCAGCUGCCCAUGGACUCUGAUAAUAUGGCAUCUGUGGCACCAACCAUCAGCUCUCCAGCCAUGACACAGGGCAACAUGCCCAACAACAGCACAGAUCCCUUCCUCAACAGUGGGCCGUACCACUCUCGAGAGCAGAGCACAGACAGCGGACUCGGACUGGGCUGCUACAGCAUUCCCACCACUCCUGAAGACUUCCUUAACAACAUGGAGGAGAUGGACACAGGUGAGAACAUGGUGCCGGUCAGUGUGAAUGUACAGCAACAGAGUCGUUUCCCAGACUUUCUGGACUCCAUGCCCGGCACCAAUGUGGACCUGGGCACCCUGGAGGGCGCUGACCUCAUGCCCAUCCUGAACGAUGUGGAGUCAGUCCUGAACAAGAGUGAACCCUUCCUCACCUGGCUCUAGACUCAAUUGGGACACUAUAGACUUUUAUAUUUACGUACAUAUAUAUAUUAUAUAUACACAAUCAGCCUACUCCUAUAGUUUCACUUUGUUUUGUUUCCACACACUACUCUGAAUUUCCUUUUCUUUUGCUGAGUCAAAGAACAAUAUUUACCAAAGUGUUUAGCCUGCGAACAAAUAUACGAGCACGCGUCAGUAAUAGCCGUAGUGUAGAAGGACUAAUGUGUUUGUUUUGUAACUGAAAUUGGAUAGAUUUGAUUAUGUUCAAAAUGACCACAUCAACACAUCCUUUCCGGAUAGUGUCCUAACAGUGGCCGUCAAUCAAUCUGCCCAAUCAUGUUUAACCGUUUAACAUUCAAGAAAAUGUCCAGGUAACAUUUUACUCCAAAAUCAAAAGAAACAAAUAAGAAAUUAUAUUUAGCAUAAAGAAAAUGAAGGACAUUUUAGGACCAUUAAGUGUUCUUUUUUUUGCAUUGUGACAUUGUUUUCAUGACAGUUAAACAUAUUUCUCUCCCCAAAUAAUUUUUAACUACAAUGUGAAAAAUCUCAUUCUAAUUACCGUAAUGUGCAAAAAAAUAAUUAGGGCCCAAGCACCGAUGGUGCGAGGACCCUAUUGUUCUUCUAGGCGUUUAUUAUUCUUUCCCAAAUGAAUCGCAUUUUGAUGACCUAAACAUACUCAGACUCGAACAUAAAAUGUCCAAUCUGCUCCAAACUUUGUGUUUUAUACAGUCCCGGCCUGAACAAUUCUAUAUCCCAUUAUUCAGUUAUAGUCAUAGCACCCCCUGCUGGCAACAGAAAAUGAUAUGUUUUACAUUGUGAUACACUCUUAACAUUUAAGUGCUAAAAAACUGGAGUGACAUUCCCCUGGCACAGCAGCCCCAACAUGCACCAGGGUGCAAGGGCCCGUUCAUCGCUGCUUGCAGCUUUAAUGAGGUAUUAAACAUUUGAAAGUAUUUGUACAUCAUGGUAGCAUUUGGUCUACUGCCUUUAUGCUGAUAUUUUUGUUUUAAAUAAUUUUAUUUAGGGCUGUCAAUUAAACGCACUAAUUUAGUGAGAUUAAUUAUAUAACUAAUAAUGUGUUGAAGAUAUUCAAUUAAUCAUGUCUUGAGCAAUUCAAGCUUGAAGUUCCACCUGUUUUCUCCAGAGGGCAGUAAACACAACUUCAGCUGUAUAGGUAACAUGCAGCUUAUACAGAGAACAAACCAACCCUUCAGCAGACAGCACAACACAAGGAAACGUUCUUGCGUUCAAAACGCAACUUGAUGGAGUGCAAAUGUGAACUUGGGCAUCUCAAGAAGUGUUUUUUCUAAGUAUUACAUUUUUAACUUUACAAAGUGACCUAAAAAUAGUAUGUUUAUGAUGCAACGCAACCAAACUUCAAAUGCGUCCGUCUGACCUAAUAAAUCUCAGACUGAAUAAUGAAUUCAAUUACAAAAUUAAUUGCUGUGGACUGUAGAACAAUGAUUUUUAUUUUUAUUAUUUCUUCAUUAUAUAUUGAAUUGUUAUAUGAGGGGCUUUCUCAGCAAAUAUUUAUAUAUGCGAUUAAUUCCAUUAAUUAAAAUGUACACCAUGUAAUUAAUUCAAUAGCAAAUUUUAAGGGAUUGACAGCCCUAAUUAAAAUCUAUAUUUUCUUUUUACUGUAGUAAGUAUUGCUGUACUAUUUUACAGUAAUGAUAAGCCUAUGCAGAUCAGUAUUGAGAAUGAUGAAAACUUGAAGCAAAACUCAAAGUUAAUAUUGCUGGAUGCAUUACAUUAAUGAGAAUUUUAAAAAUAAUGAAUUAUGGUAAUGUACAUUUUGGGGAGAAAUGUGCUUAAUACAUAUUUCACUCAGAAAUCAAAACAAAAAUAAGUAAUUCGAUUUUUAUAAUGAAUAUUAAGCACUUUUUUUUUUUUGCAUGGUGACAUUGUUUUUAUUUCCCCCUAAAUUCUCAUUUUCGUAACAUGUAAAACAAAUUCUACUACUAACAAUGUAUUAAGUUUAUAGGUUGUAGAGUAUUUACAGUAUACAUCAUGGUAGCAUUUGUUCUCCUUCCUUAAUUUAUGAAGAGUUACAAAAAUGUUAAUAAAAAAUGUUGCUUAAUUGUUUUUAAUGUACUAAAAAAUGAUUUUUUUAAUUACCAUAACUAUUACGGUAUUAUAUUAUAUUAAUAUAAAUCUAAAGAGAGUUACCAUUGACAAUAAUGAAAAUUAAUAACAACCUUAAAGGUACAAUGCCUGAAUUUAUUACAUUAAUGUGAAAUGAGGUUUUUUGCAUUACAAUAAUUAGAGUUUUGCGGAUAAUUGUGCUUAACUGUCUGGAAAAUAAUGUCACAAAAAAAUAUUUUUGGUCCUAAAUAAAAGACUUAAUUUCCUUUUGAUAUAGUUUACAUUUAUAUAGUACAUAUACUGUAUAUAGAGAGAGAGAGAGAUUUUGGAGUGAAACCUGGACAUGUUUUCAUGAGAUUCAAGCAUCAAAACGACAAUAAAAAGUCAAUUUGACACUUUAUAUAUAUUUCUUUUAACAUUAGCAGCUGUGUGCUUUGAAAAGCUUUAAAUCGUGUCUAUAUUAUAUACAGUAAAGAACUAUUUCAGAUGUGUUUUAGAAGUUUGCAUUAUUGUUUUUCCAGUUUAGUUAAUGUGUCCAGUGAGCUGAUGAUGAUACAGUUUGCAUUUGUAGUCAAACGUUUUAUCAUAUCAUGUUUUUUUAUGUACUGCUACAGUAUUCUUGUUUUGUAUACUGUCAAAUACCAUUGAUGUGUGCUCUUGGCAUCUGGUGCAUUUAAUUAGUUUGCAGUUUAGUAUUUAUCAAGAGCUCUGAACGUCUUUUUAAAUAGUUAUCAAAGCACUUCAGAUCAGUCAAGGAUUUAGAAAUACUUCUAUCUAGUAUCUUGAUCUUGAGGUGAAUAUUGAAGUAAAGGUUUUUACUUAGUUGCGAGUGUUGUGAGAAUCCUUUUUGAAGUGAACUCUGGUCUUUAACCCGCUCUGACGUUCCAGCAAGAUGGCGUUGCGUUCAUCCAACAGUGUUGCGCAAUAUCUUCAGGGAAUGUGCAGUGGGGUCCAAAAGUCUCCACUAGUGAAAUGCUGCUUGGCUAACAUUUGAUUUGUGACCCAGAAAUAGUGCAGAAUCUUAUAUAUUUCUUAUUUUUUGCAUCAUACUGUUGUUGUUUUUUUUGUUUGUUUUUUUUCAGAAUUCUAAAACUCCAGUUUUAAAUGAGAUUUUAAACCAAUAUGUUCAAUGCAAACUUUUGGACCUCACUCUAUAUAUUAGUAUUUUCUGAUACCAGAGAUAAUUUUACCUUCAGUUGGAUGAUUAAACAUUCAAACUAGAUUAUUGUGGGGCCAACAUGUGGAUUUUCUUGAUUUUAUUAGCCCAGCUGAAAUCCAGUUCAAUAUAUACAGUAUAUAUAUAAAUAUGUUGUUUUUUUUUCUACACAGGUCUACUUUUUUUGUAUUGCAUGUUUGAUUUGUUUAAUAUUCCUAGAGUUGAUGGUUUAUAGACCCACCUUACUGUCACUCAUUUAUGAUGGCUUUGUAGAGUGCUGAAUUUGAGUAUUGUGCAGACAUCUUUUGGUGAGUAAAUAAUGAGAGACUUGGUGAACUAUCCCUUUAAGACAAAAUAGUAAUUCUUGGUCAAACUGAGCUCAUGACGUCCUUUACAAGGACUGAAUGGUUAAGUUCUGGGUCAAAAAGAGCCGUUACGAGCUGUACUAGAACCCGUGUGACCAUUUUCCUCUGGAAUAUAUUUCAAAACCUAGUGAGUUGCCUUGCUCUCUACAUAGGCAGCUGUCUUCUAAGGCAGUAUCUAAGCUGAAAUGGAGCAUCAUAAAUGAUCUGAAACUCUGUACAUAGGUAGCAACUCUGCAUCUUACAAAUAGCGCUCAAGAGACUCAAAGGAUUUUCACGUUAGCUUGUUAAGCUAACAACGAGAUACCUGAAAGUGUAUAAAAAGAUGUAGCAAACAAAUAUUGGAUGAAGUAGUCCAUUUUUAAUUAGAUGGAACAGUCAGUAGCAUACCCAUGAUGCCUUAAAAUGCAGCCUACAUAGUUUGCUCACUAGGUUUUUUAGCACUGCCAUUUUGUAACAUUGAUGAGGAUACUCCAGAGAGUCCACAUAGUAGUGUCGAUGUUUUUUCAGUGUAGGACCACUAAAGUAAUCUGAAGGUCUUGAGACACUUAUGCAGUGAGCGAUGACUUCUUAUGAUUGUUUAAUUUUCUAUGAUAUAAACUGCUAUUCUAAACCUGUAUCAUGCACGAGAGAUCAAAAGACUUCAGUUUGAGUGUACAUUAAACAUGACAUGGUUGGGAACAGUAUAUUUUCUUUGUUUUCUAAUGAGUUGUUGUGGGGUGGGAUUAUGAUCUGUAGCUGUGUAUGGCGGAGAUUUGAAGUGCACUACACUUCAGCACGGAGAGGGGGUUUGUAAGAUUACUGGCUCUGUGAGAAUGUUGGUCACAUGCUGGUGAACAAACAGAAACAUGGUAGUGGCAUACUGUAUGUUUAACAUGUAGAGAUGAGUUGUAAAAAACAAUGGUCAGUGAAAUAAAAAAACAAAAGAAUAAAAUAGUUUUAUUAG